UUCUACCGUGCCGGGUUCGGACCGGGCCCAAAAAGCGGGCUUCGUGCCGGGCUCACGGGCCUCGUGCUUUUUGGCCAUCUAUAACUACAAGUCCGAGGCCGACCUCGGCGCCGCGCUCAAGCGGUGCCUUCCCGACGGCGUCGACGUCUACUUCGACAGCGUGGGCGGCGCGACGCUCGACGCCGUGCUGCUCCAGAUGCGCCGCGGCGGCAGGGUCGCGGCCUGCGGCAUGAUCUCGCAGUACAAUCUGGAGGAGCCGUACGGCCUGCGCAACCUCUACUGCAUCGUCGCCAAGUCCAUCCGGCUGGAGGGGUUCUACUUUACUUCCUACAUGCAUGUGUACGCGAGGUUCGAGGAAGAGAUGGCUGGCUACAUCAAGGACGGGAAGGUCACCGUCGUCGAGGACGUCGUCGAGGGCAUUGACAGCGCACCGGCUGCUCUGAUAGGGUUGUUCUCUGGCAAAAACGUAGGGAAGCAGUUGGUUGCCAUUGCAAGGGCAUGAGUUGAAGCAGGAACUGAUCCGUUCUGGUGACCAGCUGAGCGAAAACAAGUAUUGUGUGCUACUACUUGAGUGAAGCCUCUUCUACCGAUCCUAGCUUGUUUAAAUAUAUAAGAGGGCACUGUUAUUGUAUAUUGCAAUAAAAAACAUAUUAUAGUUUGCAUUUCAUCGGUAUAUUCUCACCUAAAUGAAGGCCAAUGCACUUUUAUUUGAGGAUC